AUGAGGGGUAAAAGCGUUCUUUUGAGUUCCAAGAUUCUCCUUUGUUGGAUAAUCUCGCGUGUGAACCUCCAUACUCUCUCCUUCUCAUUCUCCUCCACAUUCACCCCCAUCCCCCUCAAGCUCUCCUCCUCCUCCGCGUUGGCUGACGUGGCCAAAUCCAACAACACCCUCAAAACCUUCUCCUUCUCCUCCACAUUCACCCCCAUCCCCCUCAAGCUCUCCUCCUCCUCCGCGUUGGCUGACGUGGCCAAAUCCAACAACACCCUCAAAACCACCGCCGGUGAUGUAGAGAAGAUCGGGAAGUUCUUCGACAAGCCGUCAGUCUUCGACUUCUUCAUCAAUCCCACCAUCGACCUCGACAAGAAGCGCAAGGCCCUCGACGAAAUUGCCAAGUCCUCCACCCUCUAG